AUGGAAAACGGUGAAGGUGUCCCAGAUGGGACGCUUGCUAAUACCUCUGGCAGCGGGUUUGCACAGCAAGGCUCUCUGGAUUGGGUCAGCCUGUCGCGCAGCUCCGUCGCCUUCACUGUCGACAUACUCGGCCGCUUCAUGGCUGCCGGCGUGCAGCCAUUUACCAUCAUGGUCGGACAGGAGAUUGCAAAGAACUUGAGGCUCUCCACUAGCGGUGAGAAGAACAUACAAGACGCGCUGAACAGUCUCCGGAGCUAUCGUGGCCUUGGCGACGUGAUUUGGUUUGGAUUCGGCCUCCGCAGCCUGGUGCGCACCUUGGGAUCCACGACUGAAGGCAAAGGUCUGGUCGCCUUGUGCUCGGCGCUUGGUGAAACUUUCCACGAAGACUUUGCCGCGACUGUCCUCCACUCCAUGACUGCAUCGUAUAAUCCUCCCUCGGGUUUCAUGCCAUCUCUCAAGGAGUGGCAGAUGCUGGUCAAGGCCUGUAGUGGCGUGCUUGCCCAUACCAAAUUUCCAGUCUUGGUUGAUUCGUUCACGAGGCUAGUUCCUAGACAAAGGCGGCUGCAGCAAAAGCUUCAAGCCCGGCGAUCGGGGCAGAUUCCAGAUGCACUAUGCCCCAGCCCACAUGACUUGAGUGUUACGAUCCUUGCGCUUGGAAUGCUCUCCAGAAAUCAUUUUCACCAAAUCAGCAUCAAAGGAGGAGUCGGUGCUGGUUGGCUCGCCGCCGUGGGCGAAUGGAUGUAUGGCUUCAACGUCAGCAUCAUCGACGCAAAAGGCAUGACCAUGUACCAGACCAAGGACUGCGUCUCGCGGCCGGGCUUGGUCAUUCAAUUGGAUGAUGACUCGCUCGCUACUGCUACCGCAACUACUGUCGAUCUGACCUUGGCCGUCACUAGCAAGACUUUUAGGCUCCGUGACCGAUCUGGCAUCAUGAAACUUCUAUCCAUUAGUGAACCGCCUUUCUACGGUGGAAGGCUACCCUGGGAUGAGUGCUUUCGUGAAGCGUAUGGAUUGGAAUUCGCUCAACUCUUGAAGCUGGAAGAAACCAUAGGGACCGGCUUUGGAUGCGCCGCCCGCAUUUUUGCUGGAAUCAUGGAUUUUGAAAGUCCAGGAGUGGACUUGUACCAUGCAACACAACACAAGCACUAUUUUACCGAAUCGGGCGGGCGUGGGUUUAUCCGCAACUCUUUCGAAAUAUGUCCCGAACUCCACUCAUUAACCCAGAUCAGUUACAAGCAACUGGAUCGUUCGUUCAAAGACGCACAAAUUGAAUACAUACGGUCCAUGUUUGAAAUUCGAAAAGCUUGCAAAUGUAGUUGCUGUUUGCCGCAGGGCGAAUCAUCCAGUAUCAACAGCCUUUGCAGGCUUGCAAUUUUCGAGUCCGUAAUCAUCAUUUGUCAGAUCCUAUCAACGACGGCCAUGGCUACCAAGAUGGGAAUGAGACGAGACGGUAUGAUGUGGGUAUACCACAAUGCACACAACGCGAUUGCAGACACCCCUCGAAGGUCCGGGACACCAGGGCAAGACCUUGUACGACAGACUGAGAUCAAUCGGAUACUGAACCCUACGUUUCUAGAGAAUGAGUUUUUGGGGUGCAUGAUGCUUUUCGCCGGGAGGAAAACGACCGAUGAGAACGGAGCAAACGCAUUUUCGCAUGGCGGCGUCUGCUCAUUUUAUUCAGUCCUCCAGGAUUUUGUACUCGACCGAGAGGUCUUGGGACGCAUAAGUAUCGUUCCGGGCCACAUUGAAUGGGGCGGUAGCUCAUAUCCCUCUAUCCGCGAUAGGAAUGACAUUUCCUCCAUGCCGGAGCCAGUGCAAUCUAUACAACCCAUGGUCUCGGUCAGCCUUGGUGUGACCCAACAAGUCGAGUCGCUACAAAUUGAUUUUCUAUUUGGACUCGAGGACAACUCAAUGAAUAGCGCACUUGCAGUCGGACCGGCAUCUUUGAUCAAGGCCGUUCUCAAGAGCAGGGGCACUGCGUUCCACUGUCGAAGGGCUUCAGUGCCCUGCGCGACAACGUUUGAAAUUGAGCCAACGAGAGGAUCUUGGAGUAUAUCAAACCCCCCAAGAUUAGCCCCUUGCUUGGGGAUUACAGUGAAAUGGGCUAUCCGCGAAGACGAAGUCUCCACGGUUCCGUGGGGUCUUCGGCUGACCGAAUCAGGAAAGACUGAGUAUUUCACCUCAGUCGGCAUAUUACCAUCGAUAUAUGAUACCGACGUUGCCAAAGCAGUGGCAAUCGUCGUGGCCACGCAUCUCAAAAAGGAUGUGAUCUUGGCAGACUCCCAAUGCAACGCUUGUUGCAUCCAGCCACGGUUUGGAAAGGGAAUUGAGAAUCUUUUCAUCGUCACACUCUGA